AUGCGGCUCGGGUGGGCGUCCCUACUGCUGUGCGCGCUCCGUCUGCCUCCGGCCGCAGCCGGCCCGGCAGAGGCACCUGCCGGGCCACCUGGGGCCGCGGCCCCGAACCAGCAGCCCGGCGGGCGGCGGGGGGAGGUGGCGCCGCAGCUGUCCCAGCCGCCGGCGCCGAGGCGCAGGAGCAGCGGACUGGUGCGGAACCUGGACCAGCUCUACCGGGGCGGCGGCAAGGUGGGCUACCUCGUCUACGUUGGCGGCCGGAGAUUCCUCCUGGACCUGGAGCAGGAUGGUUCCGUGGGCACCGCUGGCCUCCUGCCCACCGGAGGCGGGCCAAGCGCCCCGCGGCGCCACGGAGGCCACUGCUUCUACCGGGGCACGGUGGACGGCAGCCCGCGCUCCCUGGCCGUCUUUGACCUCUGCGGGGGCCUGGACGGCUUCUUCGCGGUCAAACACGCGCGCUACACGCUGAAGCCUCUGCUGCGCUGGCCCUGGGCCGAGGCGGACACGGGGCGCGUGUACGGAGAUGGGGCUGCACGGAUCCUGCAUGUCUACACCCGCGAAGGCUUUAGCUUCGAGGCUCUGCCGCCACGCACCAGUUGCGAGACCCCGGGGUCUCUGCUUGGGUUCCGAGAGCGCCCUCUUUCGCCCAACAACCCUGGCCGGCGAACUUCACUUUUCCCGCAGAUCCCCAAUGAGUCCGCGCCCUCUCGCUCUGGGGACUCUGGACCGCAGACGUGGUGGCGGCGGCGGCGCCGCUCCAUCUCGCGGUCCCGCCAGGUGGAGCUGCUCCUGGUAGCUGACCCGUCCAUGGUGCGGAUGUAUGGUUCGGGACUGCAGCAUUACCUGCUGACCCUGGCCUCCAUCGCCAACCGUUUGUACAGUCACGCCAGCAUAGAGAACCACAUCCGAUUGGUGGUGGUGAAGGUGGUGGCGCUGGGCGACAAGGACAAGACUCUGGAGGUGAGCAAGAACGCGGCCGCCACGCUGAAGAACUUUUGCAAAUGGCAGCAUCAACACAAUCAACUGGGGGACGACCAUGAGGAGCAUUACGACGCGGCCAUUCUGUUUACGCGAGAGGAUUUAUGUGGGCAUCAUUCAUGUGACACCCUGGGAAUGGCAGACGUCGGGACCAUAUGUUCCCCGGAGCGCAGCUGUGCUGUGAUUGAAGACGACGGCCUCCAUGCAGCUUUCACUGUGGCUCACGAAAUUGGACAUCUACUUGGCCUCUCCCAUGAUGAUUCCAAAUUCUGUGAGGAGAAUUUUGGUUCCACAGAAGAUAAGCGCUUAAUGUCUUCCAUCCUCACCAGUAUCGACGCAUCCAAGCCCUGGUCCAAAUGCACGUCAGCCACCAUCACCGAGUUUCUGGAUGACGGCCAUGGUAACUGUCUGCUAGACCUCCCACGAAAACAGAUAUUAGGCCCAGAAGAACUUCCAGGACAGACAUAUGAUGCUACGCAGCAGUGCAACCUGACUUUUGGACCUGAGUACACGGUGUGUCCCGGGAUGGACGUGUGCGCGCGCCUGUGGUGUGCCGUGGUGCGCCAGGGCCAGAUGGUGUGUCUGACCAAGAAGCUGCCUGCCGUGGAAGGGACACCUUGUGGGAAGGGGCGGAUCUGCCUGCAGGGAAAGUGUGUGGACAAAACCAAGAAAAAAUAUUAUUCAACUUCAAGCCAUGGCAACUGGGGGUCCUGGGGACCCUGGGGCCAAUGUUCUCGGUCCUGUGGAGGAGGAGUUCAGUUUGCCCAUCGCCACUGCAACAACCCUGCCCCCAGAAACAAUGGCCGCUACUGCACUGGGAAGAGGGCUAUUUACCGCUCCUGUAGCGUCGCGCCCUGCCCGCUCAGUGGUAAAUCUUUCCGUCACGAGCAAUGUGAGGCCAAAAAUGGUUAUCAGACUGAUGCCAAAGGAGUCAAGAUAUUUGUGGAAUGGGUUCCGAAGUACGCAGGCGUCCUGCCGGGAGACGUGUGCAAACUGACGUGCAGAGCCAAGGGGACAGGCUACUAUGUGGUGUUCUCUCCAAAGGUGACUGAUGGAACGGAAUGUAGGCCGUACAGCAAUUCUGUCUGUGUUCGAGGGAAGUGUGUGCGGACUGGCUGUGAUGGCAUCAUUGGCUCCAAGCUGCAGUAUGACAAGUGUGGGGUCUGCGGAGGGGACAACUCCAGCUGCACAAAGAUUACUGGAACCUUCAAUAAGAAAAGCAAGGGUUACACAGAUGUUGUUAGGAUCCCUGAAGGGGCAACCCACAUAAAAGUUCGACAAUUCAAAGCCAAAGACCAGACUAGAUUUACUGCCUACUUAGCCCUGAAAAAGAAAAAUGGUGAGUACCUUAUCAAUGGAAAGUACAUGAUCUCCACUUCAGAAACGAUCAUUGACAUCAACGGAACGGUCAUGAACUACAGUGGUUGGAGCCACAGAGAUGACUUCUUACAUGGGAUGGGCUAUGCGGCCACCAAGGAAAUUCUCAUCGUGCAAAUUCUUGCCACCGACCCAACUAAAGCAUUAGAUGUCCGUUACAGUUUUUUUGUUCCCAAGAAGUUGACUCAAAAAGUCAACUCUGUCAUUAGUCAUGGCAGCAAUAAAGUAGGGUCACACCCCUCCCCUUUGCUGUGGGUGACAGGGCCAUGGCUUGCUUGUUCUAGGACCUGUGACACGGGCUGGCACACCAGGACGGUGCAGUGCCAGGAUGGAAACCGGAAGCUAGCCAAGGGAUGUCUUCUCUCUCAGAGGCCUUCUGCGUUUAAACAAUGUUUGCUAAAGAAAUGUUAGCCUGUGGUUAUCAGCGUGUGUACAAAGAUAAGUCGAUAAUUCAUCACGGAUACAGCCGUGAUGAACAAGAGGUCUCCCUAAAGAAGGUCAUGCUUCAGUGUCAUUGUCAACAGAGGAAGAAUUAUAGGCGGAAUCUGCUCUCUGCAGCCGAAGGAGGAUGGGCACUGCUUCAUAUGACAAUGGUGACCUUGGCAUCAAAUAAGACGUGGGAGUUAUGGAAUACCCUGUGCCUGAAAGAAUGAACAAAACACAGAGGAAUGUAGACUCGGGGGACAUUUGAAGAUGGCGGAGCAAUCUCCCUCUUGUCACCUACCUCUUACCGGAUGUUUUUAAAGACAUCAUGAUCGUGUUCCUCCCUGACACACAGUAGCUUCUUUUUACUGUUUGUAAAUACAUUCUUCCUCAGUAUGUCACUUUAUAACACUUGGUUCUAGUAAAAUAUAUAUAUAUUUCUAUAAGAGUAAUUGACCAAAGUAGGUCUGCAGCUAUUUCAACUACUUGCAGUUUCCAGAAAGAGCUGUGGAUGUUUUACUGGAAAUUAAGAACAUGCUGCUGUUUUAAUAUGGGUUAGUAUACUUUCAGACUGCAGGAGAUCAUGUAUUAGUCAACAUCAUUUUUGACAGCAAAGGAUCUUCUGAGAAAUUCAUAAAAGAAGGAGGAUCUGAGUGUAUCUAAUCAUUUAAACCUAUGCACAGGUCCACUUAUUUAAAACCCACUGACGGCCUACAAUUUCUCAGGCAGACAGCCAAAUGAACACAUCAUUAGGGUAGAGACAGUGUGUUAGGGGGUGUGUAUGUUUUCAGUAUUCAAGAGUAUACAAACUACUUUUCUUGUGUUAGAAUUUUAAAGUAAGAAAACAACAAAAUAUUUCACUGUGUUUUCAAUUUCUAUUUUCACACCUCCUUUCUCUUCCUAUGGCUCCAUCUGGUUUCUCACAAUGUGUAAUAUGCACACAGCAAAAAUACACAGCAAAAAUUCUUGAUCAUAUUCAACACUGGUAUACCUCUUACCAGCAAGCCUUUAAAAUGUGUUUGCUUUUGCUUGUUUUAUUCAAAGAUUAUGUAAGACUUAACAAUACUUUGUACUCUUUGUUGACAUAGUUUAAUAGGAGUAUUAAAGGCACUUGGCAAUGAGCCAUAUCUAUAAGUGGUUAUUAUUAAUAUUCAUAAGACUGUUUCCACACCAUAGGCAAUAAUUUUUAAAGAUUUUUAAAUCAAGUAUAUCGUACUAAGCAGCUUUUUUCUCCCCAAUUGGAAAGAACGUGAUUGUUCCAGUGAUUAUUUGCACAAUGGGAUGUGAGGCUCUUCCAGAGUGUGUGUUACUUUUACUGUCAUAGCCUGUUUAGCUAAGUUGUAAGUUUGAGUAAACAUUGACGUAUUUUUAUAAUCACGCACAUUAAAAAAUUCUGUUUAAAUUGUAAGCCACAUUAGGUCGUCCUGUUUUGCAGAAAAAUCUAAGGUAUCCCGUUUCAUUUUGGAUUUCGUUGUCCUUUUGAAACACCACAAAACCAAUCAUCUUUAUAAAGUGUCAUAAAAAUCCUACCAAAGUUGCCUGCUGUCAAGGAUUUUCAGGAAUAUUAGGGAAGUAUUGCUUGAGUUUCAUUAAGUUCUAAUAGUUUGGGUUUUUUGAGAUGUUUUAGUAUAACAAUUAUAUAAUUGUCUUUUUACGUCAUUUUAUUUCGUAAGCCAGGAUAAUUGGUUUCUCAUUGUUUUAAGAAUUUCCUUUAGACAUUAUUUUGUAAUACAAGUAGGUGUUUUGUAAAACUAAUAAUUUCCACCACCUGACUUUGCUUUAACAUAGUCUCUUCUCCUUGAUAAAGUAUUAGGUAGAGAAAUGUGGCCUGUUCAAAACUAAACCCUGCAUUUAAUGUGAGGUCACCAUCCACCAAGGGCGGGGUGCAAAAUAAGCCAAAUCCAUUAGAAAACACCCACCCACAUGCCAACAAAUAGCCCCUGGCCUUUGUACAAAAGGGAAUCAAUAGAGAAGUUAACAUUUAAUUUUCCCUAUAUUGAAAAUAAUCCUAAUCAUGUCAUUCAAAUGUGAGAAAUGUACAAUUAUAUCAAAGAGAUCAUUGAAAAGUAAAUUCAUUAUACACUUCAUACUUCUCUAUCCUCCUUUCACAAAUUUCUAUAAUGAUUUACCAAUAUUUUCCCCAGAAAAUAAUGAUUUUACACUUAUUAGUGAGAACUAUAGAGAACUUAAAUAAACCACUAUU